UUCGUUAAAGUUGGGGUGGUCAAAGAAAUCGAAAAAGGAGAAUGCAAGGUCGCCAUUGUCCCUGAUGGUGCCAAACGCCUUCUCAAACAAGGCGUUAUGGUAUGCGUUGAACGCGGCGCUGGGAACAGAGGAGACUUCUCUGACUCAGACUACGAAAAAGUUGGCGCAACCGUUUUGAACCAGGCCGAAGAAGUCUAUGCCGCGGCGGACGUCAUAGUCAAAAUCCGCGAACCUAUCAUGAACACAGAUACGGGUAAACACGAAAUCGAUAUGGUUGGAAAAGGCAAAACACUGAUUUCUUUCGUGGGGCCUCGAACGGACCAAGGGAAAUUGCUCAUGGACAAGGCCAAAGCUGCUGGUGUUAAUUUGCUCGCCGUCGAUGCAAUCCCGCGUAUUUCACGUGCUCAGAGUUUGGAUGUACUGAGCUCACAAGCCAAAAUUGCUGGAUACCGUGCCGUAAUUCAGGCUGCGAAUCACUACCAACGAUUCCUGAACGGCGAGGUGACCUCGGCUGGAAGCUUUGAAGCAGCUAAGGUGCUCGUAGUAGGCGCUGGGGUUGCGGGACUUGCAGCCAUCAGCACGGCAUCCAGUAUGGGGGCAAUCGUGAAAGCCUUCGAUACCCGUUUGGAAACCAAAGAGCAAGUCGAAUCACUUGGUGGGGAGUUUCUGAUGCUCAGUUUUAGUAGCGGCGACGGUGGCGACUCUGCGGGGUACGCCAAGGUAAUGAGCGAGGACUUCUACCAAAAAGAGAUGGAAAUGUUUUUCAAACAGGCUAAGGAAUGUGAUGUUAUCAUUACGACCGCAGCGAUUCCGGGACGGAAGGCUCCCGUUUUGAUUAAGCAGGAUGCUGUCGAUCAGAUGAAACCUGGAAGCGUCGUUAUUGAUUUGGCCGGAUCAAGCGGUGGAAAUUGUGAGCUGACCAAAAAAGACGAGAUUUACGUACACAAAGGCGUCACGAUAAUUGGUAGCGAUAUGACUAACCAAGCCAUGGCUUGGCAAGCUUCCACGAUGUACAGCAACAAUAUUGUCAACUUGUUUGGCAUUUUAUGCAAGGAAAAGAGGUUCAACAUUGAUAUGAAGGAUACCGUUAUCCGUGGAAUGACGACCGUUUUAGAUGAAGAAGUAACUUUUCCGCCUCCUGAUAGCAUUACUAAGACGAAUGCCGGCAACGGCACCAAAAAUGACCCAAUUCCUCAGCUUCGAAAUGAAACACCAAAGGAACCUUCUAUCUGGUCGAAGCGUGUGUUUGAUUUGGCACCUCUUGGAGAAUUUGUCGGACUGGUUGUUAUCGGCGCCUUUUUCGGCAUUGUUGCAGCAUACGCACCUGUGGUCUUCACGCAGCAGUUGGGAUAUUUUAUACUUGCAGGAUUUCUCGGAUAUUACCUGAUCUGGAACGUUGAACCAGCUCUUUUCAGCCCUCUGAUGAGCACCAGCAACGCUUUGUCUGGUGUCGUAAUUCUGGGUGGAAUUCUUAUGGUCAGUACCGAAACCGGCAGCCCUACGAGCGUCCUCGGUUGUGUGGCCACCGGUGUGGCAGCUAUUAAUGUCUUUGGUGGGUUUGCUGUUUCCUACCGAAUGCUCUUGAUGUUCAAGAAAGAAUAG